AUGGAGGACCAUGUACGGCACCUCCAAGUGACCUUUGAAAUUCUACGGCAACAUAAGCUGUACGCCAAGAGAUCCAAAUGCCACUUUGGGUGCAAAGAAAUAGGCUAUUUGGGCCACCUAAUUUUAGCGGAAGGAGUACGGGCAGAUCCCGAUAAGCUAUUAGCCACGAAAGAUGGGCCACUACCCAAAUCCCUUAAGGGCUUGAAGGGCUUCUUAGGUCUAACGGGUUACUACCGAUGGUUUAUAAAAGGAUAUGGGGGGAUUGCCUCUCCCUUAACCCAAAUGUUAAAAAAAGAUGCUUUCAAGUGGAGUGAGGAGGCACGGAUGACCUUUCACAAGCUCAAGGAGGCCGUCACCCAACUCCCAGUUCUAACACUUCUGGAUUUCUCAAGGCCGUUUAAUAUUGAGUGCGAUGCCUCAGGCAACACCAUUGGGGUUGUUUUGAUGCAGUAG